CUUCAAGCCUUGCCUUCGCCCGCCAGGCUCCGCCACUCCCGCCAGGCCACGCCCCGUGACGUCAAUCCCCUCGCGUCGCCCGCCGCCCGGCCCAUCUCCCAGACCGCUCUCCCCGGCUGCGCCGCUCCUACCCGACCCUCGCCCGCCGCCGCCGCCGCCAAAAUGUCUUCCGGUGGGUCUGCAGGUUCAAACUCUGCCUCUGGCAGUAAUCGAAGACUCCAGCAGACACAAAAUCAAGUGGAUGAGGUGGUGGACAUCAUGAGAGUCAAUGUGGAUAAAGUGUUGGAGAGAGAUCAGAAGCUCUCGGAGUUAGACGACCGCGCAGAUGCACUGCAGGCAGGAGCUUCCCAGUUUGAAACAAGCGCUGCCAAGUUGAAGAGAAAAUAUUGGUGGAAGAAUUGCAAGAUGUGGGCAAUUGGAAUUAGUGUUGUGGUCGUCAUCAUCAUCAUCAUCAUUGUGUGGAGUAUUUCUUCAUGAAUAACCAGAGAAAGUCCAGCCUGCUGUCCAAGAAACCCCUUCAAGACUUUUGACUCAGAACCUGCUAUAUUAUCAAGCUUACCUACUGUUAAAUCUAAAAUGAUUAUUUUUUGUUAGUUAAUGUAAAGUUUGAUUUCUAGGAAAUGUGCUUUUGUUUUUUUUUAUAUGCACUUAAACUAGAAGUGUAGUCAGCUCAGCUCAGAUUUUGCACAGUGCCUUUACAAAUUUACAAAUGGGCUGAUGACGACUUCUUAAGUUCCAGAGUGUUGUAAUCUAUAAUAUUGUCACUGACUAAUUGCCAUUGAUUCCAGUUGAGGGAAUUUGUUCCAAGUUAGCUGUCUUCUUCAUAUGCAUUAUCUGCAGAACCAUAUUUUAAACCUUUGGGUAAUCAUAUUUUCAACUUGUGCCUUCCAGAAAGAACACUACUGCUUAGCACAAAUCUGUAACAGUAACAGGCUGUGCCUUAUUUUGAUAUUUUUCUGAUUCCUAUAAGAGAACCUGCUACUGUUUGUAAGCACUACCGACUCUUUCACUGUGUGUAAGAUAAGAUGCUGGUAAAGAUUUCUUAUUCUUACUGUAGAUAUGAAGAUGUUUACUUCGUUAUUGUUAUGUAUCACUUUCUAAAAUAUUAAUCAGACAUAAUAAUCUCUUCAAAAAUAUUGUUUUUAUAGAACCAUGGCUAUGACCAAAGUUUCUAUUUUGCCAAAAAGUUAAAUCCCAGCAAAAUGUCCUGUAAGUGUAUUACUGGCAGAUAAAUCCAGGAAAGUGCCAAAUGGAGCUCAAGGGGCCCUUCAGAAUUAAAAUCGUAACCUUGCGUGUGAAACUUCUUGCCUUUGAAAUGCUGUUCCGGGUGCAGCUCCCUUUCCAAAGCAGCAUUUUCCCCAGGGGUUAGGGAAUCUCAUACUAUAGAUAAAGAGUUUUACCAGCAAUUUGCAAACUAUCGGCUGUGGACACCAAUAUGUUUCUAACAGUUAAGUAAGAAACAAUUUGUAGCCUUCAAGCAAGACCACUUGUGAAUUCAAUCGUUAUCUGGUCUGAUCGUUAGUCCUCACGGACUGACAUUUUGGAACUUGUGUCUUGCUUUUACUCCAUAGUCAACUUCCCAAACCAGUCUUCUAAAUUAUGCUCUCAGUUAGGCUUUGGUCAGGGCUGGAUAGCUCUUUCACAGAGGAUAGUUAACCAGGGACGCUUCUUUCUUCGAUGUCACAAACUGUAUGCACAGGAUGCUGCUUUGGAAAUAGCUGUCGUCGUCUGAGACUUGAGGACUGUGAGACUUUCAACACCAGGGUGUGUGGCUUAAAGACCGGAGUGCAGGUACAAAUGAAAUGGGCAAAGGGGGCACUGAGGGAGAAACACAGAGGCCUUGCCACCCGUGGCCCACUGUUACCAGAAUGUUCUAAGAUUCCUGUUCACAUGCUGUCACGUGACUUACAAAGGAGAAACAGCUGAGGUGCACCCAGAUUCUGGUUCCGUUUCUUUAAUAUCUGUUCCCCCAACUCACUGAAAUGAUUGUUGGAGGGAUGCCUUGCAGUCCAGCUGUCCACAAACAGCUGUUGGCAUCGGGACUAACCCAGGAAGACCUCACUUCUAUCUCUGUUCAUUUAGCUGGGAACUUUCCCACUAGAAUGGACUGAAUAAAGUGUUUGUAAACAGAA